AAAUGGUAGUCUGAGCCGUCGUUUUGUCUACUAAUGUUUCGUGCCGGUUCACAUUCGUGCUAAUGUAGCGCGUCGCGAUGUGUGACACGGACGGAUGGAUUAGCUAGUCAUAGAUCUUCAAUUACUUUUAGAGUCCGCGCCCUAGAUGAUCUGGUUUCCUUCUUUCAUCCUACCGUUCGUCAUUUCCCUCCCAACCUUAUAUAUCAAAGGCACAUCACUUGUCCGGUCACUCUGUUUUCUCAUUCAGUUCCCAGAGAUCCUUACAAUGAUACGCCUGCGACGAUUAUUCAGCUUCUCGUUGAUUCUGUUUAUCAUUCAAGUCGAUGGAGUUCAGAUUGGCGCCAAGCCUCCACUUUUGGUUUGCCAUGUUCCACUGGAACUAAAAAUUUUCGCUGACUCUUCCUAUCAAGCUACGUCUGCUGAUUUGAAAUCCUGCACCCAAAUUACUCUGAGUAGUGUCAACGCGCUUUUCCUUACCAGCAGCAAUGCGUCGUUGACGUCAGUCAUGGUUAGUGAGAAACGUAGCCUACAACUGAUGAAGCAACAGACUCCGGAAGCCGCAUUUAGCUUCAGUCUUCGUUCAUCAAACGUCUUUCCGGCAACAAGACACCUGAAAACCAUUUUUAACGGGACGACGUCUGUGGCCCUUUUGAUUGAAUUUCUGAAAGUCAAUAAGCUCACAAGUUUUGACAUCGCAUGGGACUUGAUCCAGUCGACACCUGACUACGCGCCAAUGCUCAAAACAUUGAAGGCAUCACUGGCAAAGGAAGGAUUUAAUUUGACGACGACGAUUGGUAACGAAGUGUACCGCACCGAUGCAUUUCACGUGAGUAAAAUCGCGGCCAUCGUUGAUCACAUAUUUCUCGUUCCUUCUUACAAUCGCCACUACAGCGGAGCGCAGUAUCCGUUGGUCGAUAAAAAUCUGGAACAGGCUUUCGACUCCUUAGAACUAAACGAAGGAGUCUUCUUGAAACUUUAUUCCACGCUGAAUUUAAGUUGGACAAAGAUCGUUGUUGGAUUGUCGUUGCAUACGCUUUUGUGGAAAUUAAACGCGGGCACCACUCUCAAAGGCAGCCAGUUUAACCAAACUCAGGCCGUAUUGCAACUUCAGAGCUACUAUGAAUCCUGUAAAAACGUCAACAGCACAUGGCGACUUCAACAGCAGCCGAAUCCGUUUUACAAGCUGGCUGUAGCUCCAACUAACGACAAGUGGAUGAUUCACGUCGAUCCCUUUACUUUGGGAAGACGCGUGGAUCUACUGAGACAGUACGGGUUUGGCGGAGUUGCACUCUACGAUUAUUAUCAGGACGAUUUUGCCGGUGUUUGUAACGCGAACGCAAAAGUUUAUCCCCUUAUUCAUCAGGCCGGCCUCAGCAUGUUUAAUAGUAGCACUAAAAUUCCAUUUCCUGAAAUUGACUCAAACGGCGGACUCUGCAUUCCAUUUCUUGGACUAACCAAUGAGUGCAAAGGAGUCUUCAACUUUGGAACGCCAAAAUUAAAUAUCAGCUCCACUGAUUUGAAAAGUUCAACAAUUUCAUCUAGUUUCGCUGUGAAAAAAACCAAGGUUCCCGUUCAGACCGAUCCAACAACUACAGGGAUGACAUCGUUAAGUUCUUCUUCAACCACUACACCAACUCCAGUUUCGGAUGCUGAGUAUUUAGACCAAACUAGGUGGAGUUCAGUUUCAUCAGAAUCCUUAAGUACAGAGCAUUCUCUUUCCUAUGUAAAUCUACCUAGACUUGCAUCAACUGAAAUUAAGCUGGAUUUUCCGUCAACGUAUAGCAGCGAGAUAAAAUUACCUGUUGCCGAAUCUUUUGUUACGACAAGUGUUUCUGUAAAUGCUGCAACCGGAGGUUUUCUCGGGAAAGAUGAGAUAUGGCGUGACAAUCUAACUUACUUGUCUGGCGUUACCAAGGCAUCUGCUCUCAGCCAAAAUGAUGGCUCAUAUGUCGCAGCAGCCUUUAAUCAGCACAUUCAACAGCCCACUUCACCAAACACGGUUUCCGUUAUUGAUGCUGUACCCACUACAUCUUUACCAGAAAUACGCACCGGGAAUAGAAUCGAAUCUCGCUCUGCGUCUGCUACCACAGUGUUGUCAACAUUGCCACCCAAACUCACCGUUGAAAGUGAAGUUACUGCGGUGGAGCAAUUCGCAUUACCUACUUCAGAGAUUGAGCGGGCGACAGACUUUACUAUCGUUUCAACCAUUCCAUCAUCUGAAGCGAGUGUCGUCACAUUAAUCCAAGUAGAUACGGAGCCAACAUCAACCUAUGGAUUAAAAUUGAUAGGUGAAAUAACAACAGUUUCAUCGAAGUCUGCUUCUGUUCAUGAAACCUUCACCCCUGAUACCAUACCCCUCGCCUCAACAGAAGGAGAUAUCCAGAAUUUUACAGACGACAAAUCAUCCGAGAAAGAGGCCUCGGAUGUCACUAGUUCAGUGACUGAAAAUGUUUCUGUUUCAAGUACUGAGCAGUCUUCAUUAAUUAUUGAAAACAAUGAGAAUACUUCAGCUCCCGCAGAGACAGACAGCAUUGCGACCACCAGGACAGCAGCAUUUGGCAAUCAACAACCUUCGAGUCAAUAUUCUGGGUCAGUAGGUGAUUCAAUGGAGGAGACCACCACUGAGCUUCCCAGCUCAUCAUCUGAUACCCAACAAGACUGGACUUCUCCGAUUCCAAGUUCGGUUGCAUUUAAAACUUUGCCUAUUGACACCGUGAUGGAGUCAUUGUAUGGAGAAUUUGUUCUUACUUCAGAGGAGCCACAAACGAACGAUGCGUUUUCAUCAGAAAUGACAUCAGCAGGAUAUCAAGGUACCGUAUCCACUGUUCCACCUUCGUCCACUCCUAUCGAACAGUUCACGAUACGCAAAAUUUCUUCAGAGACUGAAGAAAUAUCAACGGAAAGCCAUAUUUUCUCUGACGUAUUUCCUUCGACUAUCGAAGUGAUUCCGCCCCUGAUCCUGACUACUGCUCAAGACACCACGGGAUUACUAACCGAAUAUGGUAAUAUUGAUUCUGCUAGUUCGAUGGCGUCUAUUGAGGGAACCCAAUUCACCACUGAUUUUCACCUCUCAACACCAAGUGCUCCUAGUCGUGAGGAUGUUAGCAGCACCAACUAUAAUCCCGUGUCCGUGGCUACGACAGACCCUCCAUUGGAAAAAUUCCGUUUAAUACCAGUAAAAUUGUCAGUACCCAAAUCGAGCAGUGUAAUUUUGGAACCUGUUGCCCCAACUGAAGAUCCAGCUUUUUCGUCCACAUUGCAACAUGUAUCUGGUUUUGAUUCGACCGACGCAUUUUUUCCGACCGAACAAUUUUCAACUUCGUCUAGGCCAUUAGUUUCGAGUACGAAUUCUCCACUUUUCAGCGAAUUUGAAACGGAGUCAGCCGAACAAAACGAUGUUUCUACUCUGACACCAAUUUUUGAAAAUGAGGCACCUGGAGAUUCUAUGUCAACUCCGGAAGAGUCAGAAAACGUAAUGCCGGGCUAUUUAAAUGCUACCGACCAACCAGCAACCAGUAUCCCGGAAAUUGAUUCAUCUCAAGGGUAUUCAAACGAGCAUUUCACUAACGUCGACACCACGCCAGCUGAAAUAUCAGACAUUGAAAGCAGUGUUGUAUCGGAUGGGUUAUAUCCUACUGCAGGGAUCCCCAGCAUUUUGGAGUCGUCAACUGAAACUGAAUUGCAUUUUAGUUCAACUUCUGAUAGUUCAGCGGUGUCUACUACAGUUCAACCUGGUGAGCCAACUGAAGACAAUUUAUCCAGUACGUUGUCAAUGCCCUACAACUUAGAAGCGUCGAACAUUCCAACAGAAAUUCAAGAUUUGUCGCAGUACUCUUCCAGCGAUGUCUCUGUAAGCGAUUUGUCAUCUUUUGCUGCAGCAACAUCAGGCAGUCUUUCUUCGGAUUUAUUUUCUCCCACCUUUGAACCAACCACUCCUGUUGAUCAAGAAUCUUCUUCCACCUUUUCCAUACCCAACGUUAUGGAUUCGUCAACACAAGAACGGCUUCAAGAUUUUAGUUCUCCAAAUUCACUAACUUCCACUGAAGAAACAGAUAACGACAAUAGCCUUUCAACUACUACUACUCUCCCAAUUAUGUUAGACGCUAGCACCAUGGAUACCGAUGGAAAUAGUAUCUUGUUUUCCACGAAAAACUUCUCCUGGGAAACAUCCCAAUCAGAAAUAACGUCACCACUACCAGACGAGAGCAAGAUUCAACAAUCUUUUGAUGGCCCAUUAAAGCCAACUGAAAAUGAAUCCGCGUCUCCACGGGAACAAGACUUUUUUCCUACUUCGUCCUAUGUUCCUAGUCCUUCGAUAACGUCUGAUUCAUCCGUCACUUCAUCGUUUCAAUCUAUCGACACAUCAACAGAGCCUCACGAUGAUUCCCCUUCGGUUAGUACAAAUUCUCCACAACUCAGCGAAUUUGAAAUGGGGUCAGGUGACGAAUCAAUUAAUCUUCCAACUUUGCUACCCAUUUUCGAAAAUGAGGGAUCUGGCGAAGAUCCUACAACAACCGUGGAAGAGGCUGAAAACGUUACGCCGGGUUUUUUAAAUGCUACCGACCAACCAGCAGUAAUUCAACCAUCUGUGGAAAAGACUAGUCCAGAAAAUCAAUAUCAACUAUUCUCGCUUUCCCCUGAAGACUCGUCCAAUCAUCAAACGGCAAUCAGCGCAUUGCCAUCAGAGUUUGCGGAAACAUCCCCGGAGGGCAGUGGAUUUGAACCCACUCUUCUUCCAAAUCAGGUAGAUAUUGCUUCCACAUUUAUUAUUCCGGAAAUAAUAGAAGCGUCAACCGAGCGCUUAUCGAGUUCCCUAACGGGAAAUUCAGCUGUGAGUCCGCAAGACGAUAAUCUGUCAACAGCAGAUUUGUCUGUGGAUGUUAGUGUUGCCGAUUCACAAUUAGUUAGUAGCGAAAUCUAUCAGACUACAAGUCCCUCCAUUGUGGAUCUGCGAAUCAAGGAAACGGCAUCCUCAUUCAUUCCACUCGUCACAGAUGAGAACGGCAGUGGUGAUAGUACCCCUUUAUUCGACACAUUAAAGCCAACAGAAAAUGAGUCUCCACGGGAAGAAGACUCUUUUUCUAGUGUGGAAGCUUAUUUUUCUACUUUUUCCUAUGUUUCCAACGAACAAACCACGACCACUUUACCAUCAAGUUCCUCCGUAACGGCUGUUUCAUCUGCCACUUCAUCAUUUCAAUCCAUUGACAUUUCAACGGAGCUGCACAGUGCUUCAACUUCAUUUAAGCCAUCAGUUUCUAGUACAAUUUCUCCACUUUCCAGCGAAUUAGAAAUGGGGUCAGGCGACGAAUCAAUUGAUGUUCCAACUGAAAUACCAAUUUUUGAAAACGAGGGAUCUGGCGAAGAUUCUACGUCAACUCUAGAAGCUGAGGCUGCUACCGACCAACCCACAAUCAAUAUUUCAAAAAUUGAUUCAACCAUUAAUCCGUUUUCUUCCUCAUUGGCUGAUAAUGUUUCAGAAUCGUCAACAAGGUACACUGUGACUACCACCGUCAGUAUUGAAUCUACUUCUCCCAGAGCGAUGACAGAUGCCCUAGAAGAACUCGAAGCGAUUUCAUCUACUAAAGUGGCAACAAUUAUUUCAGAAUCUCUUAGUCUUGUAAGUUCAUCGCCAGAUUCUUCUACUAAAAUUCCUUAUUUAAGCUCUACACCACCAACUGUCAGCGAUACUCCAUCUGAACCGUCAACACCUCAAUCAACAUUUUCUCAAAGUUCAACGUCACUUUCUAGCCAGAGUUUUACCCCCAAAGUGGAUACUGUAUCUUCUGUGGCCUUUUCAGAUUCUUACACAAUUACUAGUUCUACAGCAGCGUGGAGUGGCGCUUCUUCCGAAAGUUCCUUUGGUUCAAGUAGUGCGUCGACUGAAUUGACGUCUUCCUCGUCAACCUCUACAAUAAGCAUAACUACCUCUAAUACUCCUCAUAGCAACAUCUCAACUGAUAAAUGGGUUAAGGCCUCUGACGCAACGACAGAAGUUCUUUCGGCCACUGAACCAACUACUAUUUCUUCGUCGAACUUUUCCGCAUCAUUGUCAGCGUCAACAAUUUCUCAUUCUACAUCUUCUCUUUCUUCAUCCGUGGAGCCAGCAUCAACUACUGUGAAGUCUCAUUCAACAACCCCUUCCUUCCAUACGACGAAAUCUUCUCUGCCUCAUUCUGAAAUCCCUACUACUACAACUGAUCCGUUGUCCAACCUAUGGAAUUUGUUGAUUUCAAAGUUAAACGAAACCAUCAGUCUCCCUAUUAGCGGAGAAUACUCCUACGUUUCAAGUUUCUUUUGGUCUAAUACAACGUCAUCCAAUCUAACCAGCGAAGACAUUCAAGAAAUCCCAUCACCUUUCAUUUCAAGCCCAAUUGAAAAUACAGGUAACUGGCUUUUCGAAACUCGUCCUUUUUGGUUGUUGAAUCGUCCCAACACGGAGGCACCGUCUUCCUUCUCAACCGACACACUUUCACUUCCAAAAGAAACCAAGCAGACAUUAUUGCCUGUUUCUUCCACAACGUCCAACAGCCUUGAAAUAUCCACGUCGACACCUAUCGCAGCCUUGUUUGAGACCCGCCCUUUUUGGCUUCAACGUAGUACUCAGCUUACAAAGUCGACGCUUUCUUCCACUCCUAGCAUAACAAUGUCCAGAGAAUCCUCCAGCACAUUAGCGUCGUCAACCAAAGCACUGCAAACGUCCGAUUCCGAAAUGAGCUCAACAACUACAGUAACUCCGCCAUCAACGGCUACAUCCUUAAGCGCACAACAGUCGACUAGUUUCAAUGCACAUGUUUCUCGAGGGCCUUGCACUGAUAACUGCACCGAAGAGUCUACAGGAAAUUCUUCCGUCGUUUUUGUUGCAAAAGAUGUCGCCAACAAUGUCGUCUUAAAUCUAAAUGUGGAUGCUUACAUGGGCGACAAAAGGUUGAAUUCUUCUUUUAACUUUGAGAAAUGGCUGGAAGAUCUUCAGCGAUUUCUCAGUUCGCCUUCAAAGCCUCAAACAGAAGAAAUCAAACCGUCGCCUAUUUGUGAAUUGGCUGGCAAUUCAAUUCUACUUAAAUCUCUUUUCUGUCCAGACGACUCGCUCUCAACUGCGGACAAAAUACGUUUCCCUAAUCUAAUGAAUCUCACUAGACUCUUAGCUCCUGCGAUUAUUGCCAACUUGACAACAUCCAUGAAUCUGACAGAAGUUGUGCCUGGCAACGGAUCUGAAUUUUUUAAUCACCAAUCCAAUAUCAGCAGCGAAACUAGUACUGAAUCCACCGUUUCCACGUCAACUGAAAGUAGCACAAGUAUAUUCCAUUCCCAAAAUGUAUCGACAACUCUCGUUACUAGCAAUCUCUCUGACGUCCCUUUGCCGACAGUAUUGAAUAGUAGCUUAGAGUCGUUCAUGCUUAACCUAACCGAGCUGUUGAAAGAUUCCCAGAUGAGUGAUUUGAUAUCGGCCGUGAACAACCUCAAUCACUCAGUCCCCGAGGGUUUUCUUGAAAGUCUUAUUCAGAGCAAUAAUUCUGACGAUGACAGGUUUUUCAAUAAAUCUCCACUUAAAAAUGACGUGAUGGAUGCGGUUACUACCCAAGCACCUUCAUCGACAUUUUCGGCGACGCCGUCUACCACCGUGCAGCACGAUAUUUUUGCAAAGAACUUUUGGAAAGCAAAUAAACGGAAUCCGGUCAGAAAGUUACAACGUGUAGCUGGUCCGGGGCUUGGCAUCAUUCCGUCUAUUCGCUUACCGUUGCGAACAACAGCGAAGCCUGUCUCAAAUAUUUUCAGUUCCCUUGCCAAACCAGCGGCUAGUCGUCAAUAAUUGGAAGCUUUUCAACUAAAUAAUAAUAUAUUGGUUAAUAUUUGGAUGAAAUUUGACAUUCCAGUUUGGCAGUUUACCAUUUCCUCCUUUUUCAUAAAUUUGUGAAAUUCUCAAAUUUUGUAUUGAACUUUUCCGGUGGAUUAUAAAAUAGUCGUGACGGAUGCUACUAUGCGCUUUUAACUAGAGUUAUAUACGGAUUGAUACAACUAAAAUGCGCAUUGUAAAAAAUAUGUUUAUUUGGACAACAUGACGACAAAUAUUUUUUUUCUGUAUUUUUUUCCGGAACCUAGUGGUAGUGUUGUUUUGGCAUUUCUUUAUCCUUAAGUUUAAGUACUGUACACUGGACAGGGAAACAAAAAUUAUUCUUGAAAGAAAUUGACAAUCUAAUAAAAAGAUGAAA